AUGGAUUCACCUGUAAUUAUCGACUUCGAAGUAUCAAACGGAGAUACUAAUGGUAUCCCAUUCUGGUUGCGUGAUGUAUUUGAUCGUGCACUAGAUGCCGCUGGACUUGGCAGUCGUCUGGCGUCGGAUGAUGCUAUUGCUAAUCUCGUCAAGGUUGAUCCAACACAACUAGUGGAUAAGGAAUGUGCGAUAUGUUAUGACAAGUUCCAGACCGAGAAAGUAGAAGUUAAAGAGUGUAUGGAGCUGCCGGAAGAAGGCAUCUACAGAGAGUUGUUGGAACAGGAUAAAGAGUUUAAGAUGAAACUUCGAGACGAGUAUGGUAUACAAUUAGAAGCCCUUGAAAGGUCAUCCACGUUUAAUGAUCCACACUUAUUCUUGCCCACGGAUGUCGGAGGCAGUUUAUAUAGUAGAUUUCCGCAACGCAACUUGUCAACGUUCGAAAAUGUGACUAUAGAUGAUCAAUUUCCUGGCUAUAACAGUGACGGUAAGGAGAGAAAGGAAAAGAAAAUAGAGCAAUACAAAAAAGAAGGACAUAUUGCCGUCAAGAUGCCUGAGUGUGGACAUGUAUUUGGGCUAUCUUGUAUUGUUGAAUGGUUAAAAGCACAUGUGUCAUGUCCUUUGUGUCGAAAGGAGGUUGAGGCUAGGAAAAACGAUCCCAACAUAUCCAAGAAGGAAAACAUCGAGGAAAAUGUCGUUGCCAAUUAUAACAAUGAAUCUGAAAUUGUUGAGCAUUUAAUGACUCACUCAACUGAUGUAUUCCGUCCAUUCAGGCGACCAUUCAAUCCACGUGUUACCCCCGUAACUGACUCCUAUAUGGAUCACAAUUGGACCACACCACCCUACCAAUCACGCCCCACUCGAUCUCAAGACCCAAGUAUCGUAUUGCCAAAACGGUUUCCCUUCCCUGAUCCUUUGGGAGGGACAAGUUUACCUCGCAUGCGAGGAGGAUUCCGAGAGUCCAGGCGAGUUAGGAGGGCACGAUCAAUGAAUAGUAAUGAUGAAGAACUGGAAGCACGGAGGAGAAGAAGUGGCUCAAAUGAAUCUGGUAGAAGUGCUCGAAGGGUGAAUUUUUCACCUCAUACUACAAACAUCGACGAUUUGCACGAUACUAGCGAUGAAGAUAUCUAG